GACUUAAGGUAUUAAAACACAAAUGAAAUCCAUAUUUAAUUUUUGGCCCACAGUGCUGGAGAACAGUGCAAAUGUGCGCACUGUUCAUUACGCGCUGAUGAACAUAGGCUCAAAAAAAAAAAAAACCCCAAAAAAAACGCGAUGCCAAAUAUUCUACGUGACCUCAGUGUCCUCAGUGGUGGCGUCAACCCGCUUCCCUCUACCGCGGGGCCUCGGAGGCCCCCGGCCCCCGCUUUAGGACCAAUAGAAACAAUGCACCUGUAUCCAGUGCGCCUGUCCCGUUUGGAAAAAGUUGGCAGCGCAAUGGUUACGCUGCGUGCGUCUCAAGGGCAAAGGAAAUGAGGAAACUGAUCACAACAACAAUUGAAGACUGAACCCUCUAGACCUCUACUGUCUGAUUUCCGGACUACCCUCCUGCACCGGAGCCGCUCUGCCAUGUCGGCGAGGAUUAUUCUAGUAUUAUUUCUGAGGGGAUGAAAAAACGAGAAGAUGCGCCUUGAGGGGAAACGUCACAUUUUCAGAGGGAGCGACAGUGUGGAGAGACUGUGACCGAGCCGGGGAGCGGAAUAUGCGGCACUGUCACCCUUUACGGCCGAAAAAAGCGUCCGAUCCACGCCGGAGACACGUCCUAUAGUUAGAUGAUGCGAUUUCCACAAGCCACAGAGAGGAUUUUAUGAUCGCACCACGUUUCAGCGGGAAUCUGGAUGGUCAGUCACGCCACGCCGGACUCCCCCUCCCAGACCCCGACCAAUAAACUGACGGUACCUAAAAGAAAUGUAGGAGAGGCAUCACUUAAAGUUUAGAUAAGAGGGAUGAAAAUAUCAAGAUUUGAGGAUUAUUAUGUAAAGAUUAGAUGUCAAACAGCUCUGUGACUGAUGGAUGGGACAUUUUCUUAGAAGAUCCAACAUUUGGUCAUUUUACGCAACACUAUCAGUAAAUAAUCGAUUAUAACAAAGUAUCAUUAGAGUUUAGAUCAGGGACUGACCUCUGGUGUGUUCUCCCUUAAAUGCAACAACAUAAAGUUCUUGGUCUGAAACUAAAGAUGCCACCCUGGGUGUCGUUUCAAGGAAGGGAGACAGGAGAGUGAAAGCAGGAUAUCUGCGUCUUUGGUCGGGCACAGACGCGACAGAAAAGCCACCCUUCUCUUUUUGUGUGUUUUUUGGAUUGGUCCAAAAAUAUUUUUGCGUGCCCCUUGGACUCCUGCACAAUGGGGAUUAUGCUUCAAGUUAUUCUAGGAAUGUUUCAGUUCCUGCUGCUCACCAGAAUACCGACGUCCCAUGCCAAGCUCGCUCACUGGAGGCCAGCAGACUCCCCGAAAUCCAGGGAAGGACGAGAAGUGCGUCGGUGGUUGGAAGUGUAUUCACGGAGUGGCUGUGAACCUCGAGACACUUUGGUGGAGGUCUGGCGGGAGCUGCCGGAGGAGACACACCAUUUGUUUGUCCCGUCUUGUGUUUCGGUGAGACGAUGUGGCGGUUGCUGCGCUGAUGAGGCCUUGGAGUGUGUUCCCUCGCUCACACACACGCUCACCAUGGAGUUGAUGAGGACCUCCUUCAUGAAACACGAGCUCAUUGAAUUGCCCUUCAUCGAACACAGCCAGUGUGAGUGCAGAUUAAAAGAACAGUUAAAGGCAACACCUGAAGCAAGGCCUCGUGUCAAACCACCAAGAAAAGACAAGAAAAAGGAGCAAAAGGAGAAGGGGAAGUCCAGACAGACGACGGCUGAACCCAUCAGAGCUGUGUUCCCAGCGUCAUCACGCCCUCCUCCUCCAUCCUCUGCUCCUCCAUCAGCUCCAUCCUCCUCCCCUCCAUCUCCAUCUCCGGGUCCCCGCUGUCGGCCGUGCAGAGGGAGGAAGUGGGUGUUGGACUCAACGUCGUGUCAGUGCCACUGCACCAUUAGAGCUGAGAGCUGCAGCCGGAAAGGCAGGAGGCUUAACCCUCACCGCUGCAGGUGUGAUGCCACUAAGACAUGAUGUGUUUGUCCCUUUCAUUUCUUCUCUCCACCAAAUCCCUGUUGGAUCAUCACCCACUCUCAGACAUCCAGUACCUCAGAACUGCAGGAAAUAUUAGCAGAUGUGCACACAACAACCUACAAUAGUACUGCAUUUCAGCUUGAAUAUAGACCAACAUGUCUGUGUAUUUGCUGUUCAACAUCUUCUCUGCUUCUGUCAGUCCACAUGUACAUGCAUGUACAGACAUGUAGCAUCACAAAACACAACCCAUGAAUGGAGGGAUGAAAGUAGCAGCACAAUAGUGACUUUGAAACAUAGAAGUGGGUGAUAAUAAAUGAAAACUGAACACAUUCUGUACUGGAGGACACAACAGACUCUUGUCCCGCUCUGGUUUGGAUUUUUUGGGCUGCAGCUGAACUCACCAGUGCUAACAUGGAUGACUGUACAAGAUUAAAACACUUGAGAUGGAGCAGUCCAAUGCAGGUGUUUGACUUGUUGAUGCUUCAGUGGAAUUUUUGACAUGUUGUUCACAGCGAAACUGCACACGGAGACGGAUUCCAGGGUUAAGUCAAGGCCAGUGUUUGUGUUGGAUUUUAAAGACAGCAGCAAACAGAUUAGAGGCGGACAUAAACCAUCAGAACAUGGGACGUGCACAUGAACUGGCUCCCCUGUGUGCAUGGACCUAUAGUGGAGCUGAAUGCAGGGAUGGAGUGUAUCUGUGUGGUCUCCCCUCUGAAAGACCCAGAUGGGUUAUCCCUGCAGCCGUUCUCUCUCAUUCAAAGUGUAUGACCACAGGCUGGCUCUCCAAGCCGCUUUCCGGCAUUUGUUUAAUUUGAGCCCUUUGUCUCCAUCUUUCCUCGGCUCCACGAUUGAAAGCAGCCGUUUUACCUCUUUUUGCCUCUCUUUGCCUCUCUUUUAGGCAGUGAGGAGAAUGACAAUAAUGAGGCCUGGCGGUUGUCCACUGUUUCACACACAAACAUUCACACUUAUACCAGAAUGGCAGACACACACAGACUCACUCUGUGCUGCAGCAGACACACAUCCAUUCAUAUUAACUCACACACAAGCAAUGUGAAUUUACUGCAGGUAGUCAUAAGCUUUUGUUCACACUACACCAAGUGUGCAAGUAUGUAUCAGUUGUUUAUAUUUGCAAUUUACUGCAAAGUCUUCACUUAAUAUUGUAUUAUAUGCCUCUGUUUUAUAUGUUAUUAUAAUUCUGUCAAGCUGAUUGAAAAGAUAUUCUAUAUUGCCAAAUGUGUCUUUGUUUUGUUUUUGUUCAUCUUUAAUCCGACUGCAUAAAGAGUCACGCUGGGUGGUCAGCUAUGUACACACUCAGUAUCUAAACCGAUACCCAAAUGUAUUGAAUUUAAACAGAGACGGCUAACAAAUGGACACUAUAUACAUUAUAAUGUGUAUGUCAAACAAUCAGUGGGGCAGCGUUGUCUGUGGCCCAUGAAACCAAGCAAAUAGCCAUUCCCAGCACAGUGAAAGGAAAACAUGGCUGUUUUUGUUGUAUGUUCUAGCCCAGGAUGGAAAGAGUAUUAUUCAUUUGAAGCAUAACUUGUUUAUAUUCUGACUGAAUCUCACGGUUUAACUCCAUGUUAGUUCAUGACUGGUUGGCUGCAGGGUGGGAACGAGGAUUUGAACUGUGACUGUUUCAGAAAGGAUGAGGACUAGAGCAACUUGUCAGUCAACGCAGUGAGUUAAAGCUGCAGCUCUGCUGAUGUGAAGACGAGAGCAAGCCAUAAUGGCGUUUAAACUCAUUUUGAUGCCUAUUCAAACCCUGUGUCCUGUGGUCAGAUUUGCUGAGAACAUUUUACCAGUGACAUCUUAGCUCCGAGGUAAACAGUAGCUUUGUAUGUGUUGGAAAACUUCAUGUUUUAUGUCUGUACUUUCCCCUAGGAGUCAUAUGUUGCUGAUGAUUGAAGAACAGUCUUUAGAGAACCAUCACCCAGAGACAGCGUGUUGUUCAGAGUCUGAAUGACUGUUGGUGUCGACAGCCUUGAACAAAAGAACUUUGUUUCAUUGGAAAGUGUGAUAAGCUCUGUAUUUAUACUCUCCUGAGAUUAUUUUUCCAUACUCAAGUCCAUUGUUCAUUGUUUGUUAUUCCUGUCAAUCAAUGCUUCAAUCACUACCUCUAUAUCAGAACAUUUUAAUGCCAAGUAUUUGAGCAUUGUUGUUACUUUCCCUGUGUUAUUUCAGACCUCUUUUUUAAAAAAUGAUGUUUUUAUUCACAUUUAGCAAUAAGCACCAUCUCUUGUGUGGAGAUCUGUAGUGAUUGUCACUGGUUAGAGGCACCUAUAGGAGUUUUCUGAGUGUGUCUGAGUAAACUGAAGGCAAGCAUUUUUCAUGAGGAGCACAAUACUGGUCCUCUGAGUAAAGACCAGACACUGUGUGAAAAUGUAGAACAGAUGAGGGUUUCCUAAAGCAUUUGUAGCAUCAAACUGAGAAAGUGUGUCUUUCUCACUCACAGUUAUUUCUGUACAUGCAUUUAUAAUGUGCAUAAAUAAAUCCCCAGCCUUUGUUGUUUAUUAUAUAAUAGUUUGUGAGAGAAAAAGCAAAUGUGUUGGGAAAUCUAAGAGCUUCAGUACAGAUUACACUUAUGUAUGAGAUUGCAAAGCAUAUAUUGUCAACUGGAACAACUUCCGUUGGGGGCAAAAACGGACUCCACUCAUGCAAACAUGUAUUAAAAACAAGAACAUUCCACCAGAAGAGCUGUGCCACUGAGAUAUCAGGAAAUUAUCACGGCUACUUAUGACCAGAUUUUACCUGAAUAAUCUGAUGAUGGUUUAAAUUACUCUCAAAUAACUCAAAAUAAUUCUGUUUACUCCGCUUUAUCGGUAUGAAUGUCAUAAAGAAUAUUGCCAAAGCAUCAAAUAAUAUAAAUAAUGACAAUAAUGGCACUAACAACAAUUCUUUCUUCUACUGAUGGCUCCGCUCUUUUCAGCGUCACAGCUCUUAGAGUUACAGAGCUGUGGACAUAUUAAUAUCACUUGUCAGAUGUCCUGAAUCUGUGUCAAACAUCAGUGUGCUUUGUGACUCCACAAUGUGCAUUGUACUGUAAAAGUAGCUCUGUUCAAACCUGCAGUGUCUUAGUAGCCUUUAGAGACCCCAUACUAUAGUAUAUAACAUUUAUAGUCUCUAAUAAAUAUGACCUUGUGUAUGAGGUAGUAAAUAUGUACUUGUAACUUCAUUUUAGCUGUACUUUGUAAUGAAUCUCUUCUGCAAAUACAUUGUACUACUGUAGCCUAUGUAUAAAGAAAUACCUACACUCUUUUUAUUUGCUGCUACACCAUUUGUGCCCUAUAUGAUGUCUUUGUAGAAAACAAUGCAGUUUAAUGUUGUAUUAGCAUUUAAAUGCCAACCAACUGAUUCUAUGUCCAGAUGAAAGUGUAUACAGCAUCGUAAAAAAUAUAUUGAAAAUGAUACCAGGAUACAACCAUGAUGUUACAGAUGUUAAUAAAGGAAAUGUCUUAUUUUU